CCCUACUAUCAAACCUCCUUAACGUCUUCUCUCGUAUUUUGGCCUACAAUAGACUUCAAUAUGAGAGGGAUAUCAGGAAGAAAAUUAGAUUUGCCGAAAAGAGGAUGUCUGAACAUCCAGUCUCCAACUUGGUGUGGGGAAAGGAACGAGGUGUGUUGAUGAAGGAAUGGGAGGAAGCUCAGAUCAAGAAAUCUGAAGUUUGGGCGGAUAGACUUCGGGUAAAAGGGAUAGUGGUGUAUGAUCGGAUGUCUAGAGAGACCUGUCAGAAGCUGACUCCGAGCCGAACAUCGGCUUCAAUGAUUGAGCUUCAACAUCCCUUCGAUAAGGAAGCACGGAAGGCGAUUGAGUUGGCGGACCUAUGCAAUUAUGCAACAAUGUACUACAAGGACAUAUUGACAUCCCGACUGCAGGGCGCAGAGGUGGUAACAGAUUUGUAUGAGGGGAGCACACAUUGGACGAAUACAGAGGUCAGACUGGCAGCCGAAGGGAGACUAGACUUGGAUAGACCAGUAACCAAUGAGGAAGCCCCCCAAGCCUUGAGGAACAUGUCGAAGGGAAAGGCGCCAGGAAUAGACGGACUGCCAACGGAAUGGUACAUAGACCAGUGGGACGAGGUGGGGGAUUACUUGGUCGAAAUAUUUAACAAUGUUCUGACGGGAGGGAGACUGUCGAAAGGAAUGUGUAGCGAUGUCAUCUCUGUACUAUUCAAGAAAGGGGACAGUACAAAGAUUAGGAAUUGGAGGUUAGUCUCAUUGUUAAACGUAUCUUAUAAGAUCCUCGCAAAGAUCCUGGCCCGCAGACUAAGUAAGUACCUUCCGGAUUUAGUAAAAGGCGAUCAGGCGGCCUUUAUUAGAGGGAGAUCUAUAUUUGACAACAUUAUCACUGCAAUUGAGACAUUAGAAGAAGUACAGAGCAAAGAGUUGAAUGUGGCGGUACUACUAUUAGACUUAGAGAAGGCGUACGACCGGGUGAAUUGGUCCUACGUACUAUCCACACUGCAGUGGAUGGGGUUUGGGGUGAACUUCAUCAAUUGGGUGAAGUCCUUGUACACUUUCUCUAUGGCGGCAGUGAUAAUUAAUGGGCGACUGUCUGGGGAGUUCAGUCUGACAAGAUCCUUACGCCAGGGCUGCCCUUUGGCGCCCCUCUUGUUCGCAGUUCAAUUUGACGUGGUGUUGAACAAUAUCAGGGAGCACCCGCAAAUCAGGGGCAUGCCGACGGGGCCAACAUCCUACAAGGUGAAGGCUCUAGCGGAUGACCUCUUCGCAGUUUCGGAAAACUCUGUGGAAUCAUUGACGGCGCUGAAGGACUGCCUGGACGAGUUUUCAUCACUUUCUGAGGCGGCCAUUAACUGGCACAAAUCGGUAUAUUUACUCAUGGAAGUAUACAAGUUGGAGUCAGAGUGGGGAAUGAAGCGGGUGGAACAGGAUAAGUCAGAAAGGUUUUUGGGGGUGCAAAUUGCGUUGUUGGACUGUGCAGCAGAACAAGAUGACAUCCUUCUUCAGAAAUCUCUUCAUCGCUUGGUUACAUGGGGAAUGGCACCACACCUCUCAAUCUUUGGUAGAGCACUGGUGUUGAAUGGAGCUAUGUUCGCCCUGCUGUGGUUCGUGGGCACUGUAAGGAGGAUCGGGGAUCAAACCUGCAAGCAGCUAAGAAGGAGGGCAGCGAGAUUCAUCUGGAAACCGUACGCCAAAGAGGAGGAGAACUUCUUGACCAAGGUGGCUUGGGAGAUGCUAUGCCUCCCCAGAUCCGAGGGGCGAUUGGGGAUUCACGACCCGGUAAGGCAAAACGAAGCAAUGUUGGUGAACUGGGUGGUGAAAGCCUGCCUAGAGGAACCAAUUCCUCAUUGGGUGUACCUGGCAGAAAAGAUUUUGGCUGACGAGUGGAAUCUGUCAAGGUCUGGCGAUGUCUGGACUUGUAUCUUUUUGUAUUCCUUCCAGAGGAGGAGGAUCAGAUCACCACUUUGGAGAGCUCUGAUUCAGGCAUGGAGAAAGUUGAGGCCGGACGUCUGGGUGGAGCCUGUCACGAAAGGGGAGGUCCUCCAGCAGUCUAUCUUUGAGAACCCAAGGAUUAGAGGGGAGGACGAUCAGUGGUUGGGGGCAGAGUCCCAGAGCAUGGGUAGGAAGUGGAUCGAGAAAGGGAUAGUUAGGAUCAAAGAUAUCUGGGACGCCUUUUCGGAGGACUGGCAGUCAGAGGAGGAAGUGAAGGCCCGACUAGGACAAAUGAGACAGGUGGGAGGAAAGUUAGAGGAGGUAAUUAAGGCAAUCCCGGAUGAAUGGAAGCGGCUAUUAGCCCCAGAAACAGUGGACCCGCCCGGGACAUGGUACGUUCAGGAUUCUCAGCCUGACAGGAAACUGUGGGAACUGGUGGAAAUUCACCCGGAUGGGAAAAGAACCUUCCAGGGCUAGGAAAUGAGGAAGGGAGACCAAAUAAUCACAGACAAAGUGGAGGGGUAUCCAGUGUUGGGAAUGGCUCUAUCACAAGUCCGAGUUAUCGUGGAAGACUCGA